UGGGAUUUUAAAGAACCAAAGAACUGGGACUCAUCAUAACUUGACUCCUUAAGAUGCACUAGGAGAUUAAAUUAAAGCAAGAAAAGAAGGAAACUCAGAAGCUGCAGAUCAAGUGGCAGAGGUGAACCCGUUGGCAGGUGGAAAAGCACUAAUUCGUUCACUAUUGCUAAGCCAUCGGGAGAGAUAACGUUAAGAGAAUGGAGUGGUCAGUGUUGGCUUUGGUUCUCUGUCUGAGUUUGCCAUCCUCAGUCCAAGCAGACUGCUCUUCCCAGUGCUUAACCUGUGCUCAGCAGAUCCCCAAUGUCAACAUCAACAUCAACAGUCUGGCUUGCACGUUAGAGUGCGAAGGGGCCCUGGCGUCCACCACAGAAUUAGAAAAAUGCGAGAAAGCCCUUCAGAUGUACUCCGCCGGUUUGACGGAGAACGAGCCGAGCAGAGCGGACAAAGAAGAGAAGGACUACCCCGCCGGCAACUUAGUCAAGCGGUACGGCGGAUUCAUCAAGAAAGUCGACAAAAACAAAAUAUUCAGUAGCUCCCCGGCGCGAGAAAACGCACACCUCAAGGGCCUGCUGGCCAAGAAGUACGGGAAUUUGCUCCGGAAGUUUGGAGAACGCGACGCGCCCGAGUUGCUGCAGGACAGCCAGGUCGGCGACGGGACGUCGGAGGACGAGGAGGUGGUCUACAAUGACGGCGCUGCCGCCCUGAACGAGGUCAAGCGCUACGGGGGCUUUCUGAGGAAAUUCGGUCCCAAGAGAAGCCACGACUCCGCCGAAGAAAGCAGCCAAGAAGAACUGCAAAAGAGAUAUGGAGGGUUCAUGCGGCGAAUUCGACCUAAGUUGAAGUGGGAUAACCAGAAGAGAUACGGUGGUUUUCUAAGGCGUCAUUUCAAAAUCUCUGUUCGGUCAGACGAAGAGCCUAGCUCAUAUUCCUACGACGGUUUCGACCUAUAGAUCGUGGGAGCCGUCACUGAAAAUGACUUAAUGAACUUCUAAUGCAGAUGCACUGGAAUUUUCACUUUCACCCGUAGCUCGUUUUUCAUUUUCUUCGCUUGUAAGACCCGACGCCAGGCGGUUGCACUGGGGUGUGCGCAGGGAGCUCUCCUUAGCUUGUCUAUCACUUCUGAAGACCGACAAAACAGUGACACUUUCAUUGUAUCUGUGAAACGAGAAGCGUAGGCCUAAUCUGUAUGUUGCCAAACAUUAUUCUAUUCUUUGAUGCUUGUUUAAUAAAAAAUAAUAAAAAAAAUAAAUGCAA